AUGGCCACUGGGUUUACCCCACCAACAAUGAACUGGAAUGCUUCAGACAUUCCAGACGAGUUUAAUUCCUUUAAGCAAUAUUGCAACCUUGUAUUUGAUGGGCCAUUUCUAAAGAAAACAGAAAAGGAAAAAGCAUCUUAUAUUUUACUAUGGAUUGGGCGACAGGGAGUCGAUAUUUACAAUAGCUUUGUAUGGGAGAACGAACAGGACAAAGUGAAGCCCAAAGCCAUAUGGGAGAAAUAUGGGAAACACCUCGCGCCAAGAAGUAACUAUAGGCUAGCACGAUUUCAAUUACAACAAUUGAGACAAGAACCAAACGAAAACAUUGACAAUUUUACGACCAGAUGCAGAAACCAGGCAGCAAAAUGUAAAUUUCGAGAUCAACAAGAAACGAAUGAAAGAUUAAUUGAACAAUUAGUAAUUGGAACAAGACAUAAGAAAGCACAAGAAAAAAUACACGAAAAAGAUGAAAAUCUGAGCUUAGACGAAGCAAUAGAUUAUGCCAGAACAUAUGAAGCUACCAUAGCUCAUGUUGCUCAAUUAAAUAAAACAAAUGAAAUUCAGAAAUCCGUACAUGCACUAUCAAAAUUCGCAAAGCCUAAACAAAAAUGCCAGAACUGUGGAACUGAGCAUGAAGCUAGAAAAUGCCCAGCCUACGGGACAAGCCAAACCAUUGGGCAAAAAUGUGUCGCAAGAAAAUAA